AUGGCGGAGGAGGGAGCUGAACAAGGAUAUUUGCAGUCUGAAGCUUUGAAAACAGAUGCUGAUGCCGUAGCUGGCUCAGACUCGGAUGACUAUGAUCCCUCUGAAACAAUUCAAGAGCAGUUUCCUGCAAAUAUAGCAGCUUCAAAUUACACUACGAUUCCUCAUAUGUCUCCUUUUGCCAACUCUUCCACCUCGACCCCUGCUCCAGGCGCGAAUUUGCCCGAAAGGCUGCCUGGGGAGUCCUAUAACAACAAUGAUCCGGCCCUUUCGCUUACCGCGCCUGGAACAGAGCCCAAAGGCUCUACCACAAUAUCCCAGAUUGGUGUCUUUGAGGAGGGAUCAACAGGUGAUGAAGAUGGAGGGGACGCAGAGUAUGAACCGCCAGCUGCGGCCUUAUCAGCUCAAGUUCAGGAUUCAAUAUCUACUUCUGCAGACAUGUCUCAGCGCUCUCUUUCUGAAAAUAUAAAUGAACCUGUUUCACAUUUCCAUGUACAGCAGCAAAAUAUUGCCUCAGAUCAAAACACUCCACAUGUUUCCAUUAAUCUUCCUGCUUCUGAUUCCCAAGUUGCUCAUUCUGUGCAAAACGAUAGCACGCUUAAACCAAUGCAAGGAGAAUCAAAAACCCCAGGACGAUCCGCUAUUCAGUCCGCCAACAGCUCUUUACCUUCGACGCCGCCAGUUGCUGCCGCCGUUUCGAGGACCCGUCUGCCGCAUGACCGAGUUGGCAUCCUGGAGGAUAGGAUACAGGCCGAUCCUCGUGGCGAUACGGAUGCAUGGCUGGAGUUAAUUAGCGAACACCGCAGCAGAAACAAGCUUGAUAGCGCCCGGCAGGUUUAUGAGAGGUUUUUCAAAGUCUUUCCAUCAGCUGCUGAGCAAUGGGUUGAAUACGCCACCAUGGAGUCUGAUAAUAACGAACUGUACAAGCUGGAGCAGAUAUUUACAAAAUGUCUUUUAUCUAUUCCUAAUGUUCAACUAUGGUCGUUGUAUUUGGAUUAUGUGCGUCGUCGUAAUAACUUGACCACCGAUUCAACCGGUGAUGCACGGCGCACUAUUACGUCGGCCUAUGAUCUUGCACUACAACACAUUGGUAUUGACAAGGACUCAGGUAACAUUUGGGUUGAUUAUAUCCAAUUCCUUCGCUCAGGACCUGGCAACAUUGGAGGUUCUGGCUGGCAAGAUCAGCAGAAGAUGGAUCUGCUGAGAAAAGCCUACCAGCGAGCGAUUUGUGUUCCUACGCAGGCAGUCAAUACUCUUUGGAAAGAGUAUGAUCAGUUUGAGAUGGGCCUUAACAAGCUGACUGGACGCAAAUUCAUACAAGAUAAAUCUCCCUCGUACAUGACGGCGAGAAGCUCUUAUACCGAACUUCAAAACAUCACCAAGGAUCUUGUCAGGUCAUCACUCCCCCAUCUACCCCCAGCCCAGGGGUACGAGGGAGACUUUUCUUUUUCCAAGCAAGUUGAAAUCUGGAAACGUUGGAUACAGUGGGAGAAGGAUGACCCUCUGGUUCUCAAGGAAGAAGACUUGGCUAGCUACAAACAACGAGUCCUCUACGUCCAUAAGCAAGCACUUAUGGCGUUACGAUUUGUGCCAGAAGUGUUUUUUGAUACCGCGGAUUUCUGUUUCCAGAACAACAUGGAGACCGAAGGAAACGACUUUUUAAAACAAGGAAUAGAAGCGAACCCAGAGAGUUGUCUUCUUGCCUUUAAACGCGCGGAUAGACUUGAGUUAUCCACGGCUUCAGAACAGGACCCCAAGAAACGUGGUGCCCGAGUCAGGGAACCUUACGACAAGUUGCUUGAUGCACUUUAUGAAUUAAUAACACAGGUACGAGCUCAGGAGGCGACGGAUAUUGCCAAGCUUGAGGAACAAGCUACACAAACAGAACCUGAGCAGCCCACCCAGAUCGAAAAUGACGACGAUGAAGACGAAACAGAUAACCCGCCAACCCAAGAAAGCACUAAAGCGAAGGAGAUCGAGUCGAUCAAGAAAGACUAUGCCGCGAAAGUCGGUGUUCUAUCCAAGGCCAUCUCCUUUGUCUGGAUUGCGUUGAUGAGAGCAAUGCGCCGUAUUCAAGGCAAAGGCAAGCCUGGUGAGAUAGCCGGAUCCCGCCAGAUAUUUGCUGAUGCUCGUAAGCGUGGGCGUAUCACCAGUGAUGUUUAUAUUGCCAGUGCCUUAUUGGAAUACCACUGUUACAAGGACCCUGCUGCAACCAAAAUUUUUGAAAGAGGAGCAAAGCUCUUCCCAGAAGAUGAAGUGUUUGCUUUGGAGUAUCUAAAACACCUAAUCGACAUUAAUGAUAUUACGAAUGCACGAGCAGUAUUUGAAACCACUGUUCGAAGACUUGCCUCGAAUCCGAAGAACGUUGCGAAGGCAAAGCCCAUUUUCGCCUUUUUGCAUGAAUAUGAAUCCCGAUAUGGAGAUCUGAUACAGAUAAAUAACUUGGAGUCUCGGAUGAGAGAGCUAUUCCCCGAGGAUCCUUCUCUGAAGCAGUUUGCCCAUCGAUUUUCCGCCCCGUCUUUUGACCCUACCACCUUCCAGCCGAUCCUAUCACCAAGCCAGCUAAAGCCUAGAACCAUUGCAUCCCUCGAGGAACCCAGUUCCCGGCCCGGCUCACCUUCUCUCCGCCAUCCAACCAGCAACACGCACUCUCCUAAACGAUCCUUCCCCCUUGACGAGUAUGGUGACGAAUCAAACCGGCCGCGAAAAUUCAUCCGCGCCGAAUCCCCGCUGAAAGGGGCUGCCGGAAGACGCGAGCAGCAGAAACGACUCCAGUCCAAUGGCUCUGGUGGUGGCCUGACCGCCGCCAGGGCGAAACAGCCGCAGCAGCCACCACCUUCAGCAGGACCGUUACCAAGGGAUGUCGUGUACCUUCUAAGCAUUAUCCCUCCAGCCUCUACAUACGAUGCAACCAGAUUUUCUCCUGAGAUGAUGGUAAAUCUCCUCCGUCAGAUUGAACUGCCAUCGAAUGUGUCGCAGCUUCGACCACCACAACAAACUGGUCUUGGUUCACACCAGUACCAUCAGUAUGGUAUGUUACAACAGAAUCCCUGCAUCCUCCCUGCACAGCCACAAUUCCACUAA